AUGUCGGUGGUGAAGUCCAUCGAGCUGCUGGUGCCGAAGGAGGUCUACCUAGCUGGGUCGGAGGUAGCGGGGCAGCUGGUCCUGACCCUACACAGCACCCUGGUGGACCCCCUGGUGAAGGUGGAGCUGGUGGGCCGGGGCUACCUGGAGUGGGUGGAGGAGGCCAACGUGGAGAAGGACUACAGCCAACGUGGCACCUGCGUCAACAAGGCUGACUACGUCCACAAGAGCAAGACCUUCAAGAUCGAGCGGAGCUGGCUGGGCCCAGGCGCCCACAUCUUUGACUUCCGCUUCAUCCUCCCGCCCAGGAUCCCCUCCACUUUCACGAGCCGUGUCGGGCGCAUCUCCUACUUCCUCCAAGCCAUUUGCGCCACUCGGGAGCUCAUCCUUGGCAAGCAGAAGAAGUACAUCUUGGUCCAAGGGACCUCUGUCUUCCGACAGGACACGGUCUUUCAGUUCCCACUGGUGGUGGAGAUCCGGAAAAUGCUGCUGUACAACUGCUGCUUCCAGAGCGCACCAGUCACGGUGCGCCUCUCCCUGGAGAAGGGCAUAUUCACUCCAGGGGACGAAGUCGCCUUUGCGGCAGAGAUCUCCAACGAGACAGGCAAGUCCCUCAAGAAGGUGGUCUUCGCCUUGUACUCGGUGGUGCUCUACAAGGCCUACAACCUGAGGGCCGAGCGACGGACACUGGAGCAGCGGGAGGAGGUGGCGCGUUUGGAAUCGCCAGUGGGUUCGGGACCAUCCUGCCCAGUCACCAGGGUCCGAGGUGCUUUAGCCUUGCCACCCGUCCUGCCGGUCAGCUCUGGUGGGCGCCGUUCCGACGACGACAUCAUGGAAGUGGGCUACGAGCUGAGCGCCACUGCACACUUCCCCUGGUGCCUCCGCACCGUAGCUGCACGCAUCCCCAUCGUGGUGCGCAGCCCCAGUGCCACCGAGGAGGAGGCCGCCGCCGAAUGA